AGUACAUGUAAGUCGGGGAAAUCAUUGUCCAUCUCAGAGUUGUCAUUCAGAACCUGAAGAUCUUCAUCCUGUCACCAUUCAUAGCAAGAGGCCCUUCAUAAACCACGUAGACCAAAUUUGCGGUCACCUCCUUUCCCUUCGAAGACUUUUGGCCACACAAAUAUUUGGAUAUUUGUAUACAUGUAUGGAGCGUAGACUUUAACCAAAAACACCCUCCUCCGUCUAACGCCCCUCACCUUUCCAAAUUUCUACGUGGUUUAUGAACUGUCACCGAUGAGCUUACACGGAGAGACGAAACUACCCAAAAGUGAGUUCUUUCCACCCAACUUCGGAGCUGCGUGCGUCAAGCCAAUUUUGAGUUGAUGGAAUCGAUGUUUUUGUUGGGUUGUUCCCGCUUGCUUCCAUGUUGUUGCUGCCAACACUGUCCGAUUUGACAUCGGUGAUGACAUGAAUCUGCCAACAGCCAAACGAUGACAUGCAGAAAAGAGAAGUAUGAAAUGAGAAGUCUUUGUCAUGGCCUGAGAGCCAAAAUACGUGCAAGUGGAACGAAUACCCAAAGUUAUUCGUUAUUAAACGUAAAGCUUAUAUUAAUUAUGCUAUAUCUACAAAGGAACUUAAAUCUACAGUUGUAACUUAUAACUAGAAACAUUCCUACACGAUCAAACUUGUUGCUGGACAAAUACGUUAGACGAGCACAAACGAGCUCCAAACCGAAAUUUGUAAGAUAAACCUUAACUAUGCUUUCUUGUAUACUAAUUAAAAUAAAACAUUCCAGCUUUAAGCUGUAUCGCACCCAGAAUAACUCGGAGUUUGCGUAAUGCUAAAAAGAGUUCGGAUAAACGAAUUGCUCCCGCAACAAACUUAAAGAAAUUUCGUGGUAAAAUUUCACGAUCUGUCUAACAUAUCGAAAAUGGGAGACUGCGACCAAACUCCGCGCCCCAAAUUGCAGAACGAAGUCCGUACGGGAAGCUGCGACAAUCUUCCGCGCCCCGAAUCAUCCAAUGAAGCUAGAACGGGAGGAUGCGGCAAAUUUUCGCACCCCGAUACAUAUAAGAAGCUACCGAUGACCAGCCGCAGUUGUUUACGAGUUAGCCCCUCAUCAACCAAGAGUGGGGUGAAUGAUCGCAUAGCUCUAAGGCUAAAACAACUAGAUGAAGAACGCGCAAUCCAGCAGCGCAUACUAGACGUUGAGGAACGGAUUCUGGCAUUCGAGAGGAAGGCUAUGCAGGCAAAAUACGAACUGUUGCAGAAACUACUCGCGAAGAAGAGCUCUGUACGUAGCGAGAAAACGGACAUCAAACCGUUGAUCAAUAACAACAAAUCGACGGCCGACGUACAAGCUGACACACUGAAACGAUCACUAGUACGGUCGGAAAACUACCCAUGUCUACCAAAACAGCUGAUGCAAGUUGGAAACGCCGCUGAUCAGCUAUACUUUUGCGAGACUCAGCCUCAGAGCUCCAGCGCGAUUCUCGAAGUGAAUCCAAAGGUUUUAAACAUAUCCAGCUCCAGCAACGACAACAUGGAGCCAACCAAACGUGAUAUCCGCGCUGCUUCCUUAGCAGCGAUAAAAGGUCUGGUGAACGGCGAUAGUAUCGCGCCUCCCGACGAUAAGGGUUACCGAGAGCGAGUGCGUAUUUCAGAUCAACGAAAAAGGCAUAAUCAAAACAAAACGAUCUUUUACUGCGAUCGUCUCACAGUCACGGUGCAUGUACAGUGGCCGAAACAGCUCGCACCACCAUCAAACCGGUGGGGAACAGUGGUUAAUAUGAUCCAACUACAGGUGUGGAAGCGCCCUGAUCUUCGAUCAACAAUGAUUGAGGUUGAAACGGUUCACUGUCAGUUGGACCCGGACACAGGACAGUUCCCGAAGGUUAAACGGAAUUUUGAUACGAUGGAUACGAAAUUCAAUGGAAAAUUCUCUUUGGUGUCCCAGAAGAGAUACGAUCGGUUGGGUACUGUGAAAAGUAACAUGUUUUCAGCUACCUUAGAGGAAAUCAAAAUUAACAUCGUUACAAGGGCGAAAAUGCAGCCAAAUUCUAUGCUUUACAACUCGACCGACGACGAUCAAUUUCUUGACUACGCUUCUACGUCGAACACAGAUGCUACAGCAGGUUCUGUGGUUGAGAUUUCCGAUUCCGAUCAAUCUCCGACAUCAACGCCAGCACAGCUCAAGUCAGGCACGACACUCACCGUUAUAUCCGAAAGAUCACUGUCGAUCAUCUCCGAGAGAAUCAACCCUAGAUCAGCAGAGCAGCGCAACUCAUCGUUGUCAUACCAUCGACAAGAGAAUCGUGUUCUACUUCGAGCUCACAAUGAUUGUGAUCAACAUCGAACCCUUCAACGAUCCAGCUCUGGUAUUCGCAGCCGAUCUCUGCUAGGCCGAUUUGUCGUACAGCGUUUAUCGUUUCGAGAUCUCACAACCACUUGGACAGGUACCGUUCCGAACAAAACCGAAAUGAAGUACACGGAGAUCCACUCAUAUCAUGGUCUGCUCUUAGUUCAAUGGGAACGGCACAGAGUUUUCUGUUUGGCAUUAGAAGUUACUUGCUGGCGUUCGUCAGUACAGCAAGAGAAGCAGUGCGACACACUUGCGAUUUGCGGUCAGAUUGCCAUCAUUGGCACUAAUUGUCAAAAGUUGUUCCAUGGAAUGAAGAAAACAACCGCUUUCAAGAAGCAUGAGUUUUAUGAAAUCUGCAGUAACGGGAUGGUAAAAGUUGAUCGUAUCAGAAAUGACACUCUAAAACCACAUAUGCCAGUAGUAUUCGCCCAACUAAACUCGACUUCCUCAAUCAAGUCCGCUGAAACUCAUCACGAAGCUCUACAGGUAACGGUGCUCGAAGACCUAAAUCUUAUCAGUGUGAACAACAUCACGGAUGACUUCAAGGAUAACCCACCCAAGGGAUCUGUUGGCUUUACAUCUCGAGUCAUCAUUUUAGACCAUCCCGGUCAGAUCGACAACAAAUACACCGAGGAGGACGCUCCACCGGGGGUAGGUCGCGCAAUUCUGGAUAGGAAACAAACAGCCGCCGCCAGUUCCACCAACUCAAUGAACUUCAUGGACGCUACUAGUGACAGGUACACUUUGGGCAUCGAAAGGGUUUAUGAAAGAGAGAAAACUCUCGCCAACUCCGGACAUCAAGAUCUGUUAUCUGUCUGCCGCGAUCACCAACAUCGAUCACAACAACACCAACAGUGUGCUACAGUUUCGACGCGAUGCUUGAAUCCUGAUUGAAUCAACAUGCAUAACUGAAGGGAAAUGUUUAUAGAAGGCAUCGUGCACAGCACAAAGGCCGAAGUAGUUUUUUUUUUGAAUUUGAUUUUUUAUUUGAUAGAUUUAUUGGAAUUUGUAACAAGCCUGGUAGCAGGUCAAUUAAAGCAUUGGAUUGUCGAUACGCUGGCAGAUUCAUGGAAUCGCAACAUUGGUAAAACUGAACCUCUGGCCAGUGUUACGGGGGGGAGUAUGUUGCUGCCAACACUGUCCGAUUUGACAUCGGUGAUGACAUGAAUCUGCCAACAGCCAAACGAUGACAUGCAGAAAAGAGAAGUAUGAAAUGAGAAGUCUUUGUCAUGGCCUGAGAGCCAAAAUACGUGCAAGUGGAACGAAUACCCAAAGUUAUUCGUUAUUAAACGUAAAGCUUAUAUUAAUUAUGCUAUAUCUACAAAGGAACUUAAAUCUACAGUUGUAACUUAUAACUAGAAACAUUCCUACACGAUCAAACUUGUAAGUAUUUAAUUAUUCCAAAAAUGUAUUGUUCUAACCUACAUCUGAAUUAUCACAGGUUGCUGGACAAAUACGUUAGACGAGCACAAACGAGCUCCAAACCGAAAUUUGUAAGAUAAACCUUAACUAUGCUUUCUUGUAUACUAAUUAAAAUAAAACAUUCCAGCUUUAAGCUGUAUCGCACCCAGAAUAACUCGGAGUUUGCGUAAUGCUAAAAAGAGUUCGGAUAAACGAAUUGCUCCCGCAACAAUGUGAAAAAAAUACCUAAUUUUAAGUUUUUCCACCCAACCGAAUUUUUGACUAGGUUGUAUUUACUCUAAUUUGAGUACUGUGCUAGAAACUCAGUGUUGGCUUGACGCACGGAACUGCAAAAGCUGGGGUGUUUCUCGCUUCACUCUCUGACAACAAUAGAAAGAGCGCAUGAAAAGGGAGAUGAAAAAGAACUCAAAAUUGAGUUUAAAAGUUCCUAAUUUUGAGUUUUUCAGUUUCUCCGUGUACAUCCAUUUGAUCUGUACCGUUAAUUAGUUUGUUUAGUGUACCACGUUAAUUGGGUCGUUUAGUGAAUAAAAUAUUGCUAAUUUCUAUAUCCUAAUCGAAAGAGCUCAUUUUUCCGAGUAUAACGUGAUUUUAUUGCUAUCCAAUUCCUUUGUUUUGAUGGUUAAAUAAACAAAACAAAUUAAUUUUUUGUGGAUAGAAUGACAGCUCAUUCGAUAAAAUGACAGUUCGCCCCAAAAAAAAAUGUUCCUCAUACAAACUGUAAUUGCAUGUUAAAAUAGUUCCCGGCCACCAAAAAAUAUGAUAUUUCAAAUUUCGACUAAUUUUUGGAUGGAGAAUUCGAUUAUGGAAUAAUCGGAAUACCCCUAAAGAACCCAAUUUCGAAUCGUUAAUUUUGAAUCGAAUUUCUGGGUUGUAUACCGUUUCACCGAAAACCAUCUGCCAUGCCUCAAAACAGUGGGAACGGUAUUUUUCAACUGCUAAUAUCUCAGCCGUUUUUCAUCCGAUUUGCAAAAUUUUUGAAGCUAUAAAUUUUCCCAGCCUUCUAGAUGAAUAUAAAAUUUUCAAACUAUGGAUUUGACCAAAGUUCUAUUAUAGAGUACUCAAAAACUCGGAGCAAGUACCUUAAAAAAUGCUGUUUUUCUGGAGCCAUUCCGAAUGUAAAGUAGUUUCCACGCAUAUUUUAAUGUUGAAUUGCCCAUAUUGAUAAAGCAAAAUUAUUGCAAAGGAAUAUAUGGAGAUACUCAAUAUUUAAGACUAUAAAAUCUUCACAAAAUUACGUAUAACACAGAAAAUUUGUAUAUUUGGUUUGAACUUUGUAUUCAUCGCCACAACCCCUGUGUUUAUUGCUUGAAAACAAUCACGUGCACAUGACAAAGCUUUUUCCAAACGAUUGUGAAAAGUGUGAAUCUUUGAAACUACAAAAUUUUCAUAAAAUCACGUAUAAUACAGGAAAUUAGUAUUUUCAGUUUGAACUUUACGUUCAUCGCGACAAUCCCAUGUUAUAUUGCUUGAAAACAACCACGUGUACAUAAAAAUACAUUUACAGAUAAAUGAGGACAAGUGUGAAUCAUAAAAAUUACAAAAUUUUCACAAAACUACGUAUAAUACAAAAAAUGUAUAUUCGGUUUGAACUUUACAUUCAUCGCGACAACACCUGUGUUUUAUUGCUUAAAAACAAUCAUGUGUACAUGAAAAAACUUUCUCCGAACGAUUGUGAAAAGUGUGUAUCUCAGGAACUACAACAUUUUCACAAAAUCACGUAUAAUACAGGAAAUUUUCAGUUUGAACUUCACGUGCAUCGCGACAACCCUUGUGUUUAUUGCUUGAAAACAAUCACGUGCACAUAGGAAAACUUUUUCAAAGCAUUUGUGACAAGUGUGAACCAUCAUAACACCAAAAUCUUCACAAAAUUAGGUAUAAUACAGAAAUUUUGUAUAUUCGGUUCGAGCUUUACAUUCAUCGUGACAAUCGUUGUGUUAUAUUGUUUCAAAGCAAUCACGUGUACAUAGGAAUAAAUUUACAGAGCACUGGGAACAAGGAUUCCUUCAUAUUUUUUCUAGGCAUUCCUACAGAAAUUGUUUCAUGAAUUGUUGACAAAACUUUCCUGAGAUUUUCUAAGUUAUUCCUCGGACCUGGUGUGACGGAACUGUUUAGGGAUUCCCUUCGGAAUUUCUUCAGAUUCUUCAGGAAUUCCUCUAGGGAUUUCUUCAGGAACUGCUAUAGAAUUACACCAGGAAUUUCCCUAGGAAUUCCUAUAGGAUAUUUUCCAGGAAUUCUUCAAGGGAUUCCUCCAAGGGUUUUUCCAGAUACUCCUACAGGAAUUCCUCCAAAGAUUUCUCCAGUAAUUUAUUCAAGGGUUUCUCCAAGAAUUCCACUACGAAUUCUCCUCGGCAUUCUUCCAGGAAUUUAUUCAGGGAUUUUCCAGGGAUUCCAACUUGAACUCAUGAAGAAAUUUUUCCAGGAUUCUUUUCAGCAAUUCCUUCAGGAAUCCCUUCAGAUAUUUCUCCAGGAAUUCAUGCAGGCAUUCCUCAAGGAUAGGAUUUCAUCCAGGAAUUUCUGUAGGGUCUCCUAGAAAUUAGGGUAUCGCGCUACUUGGGCGGUGGUUUUCUUCGUCUGUUAUUUUCGUCUGUUUUCCACUGUAACUCGGUCAAUUUUGAACCGAUUGACUUGAAAUUUUGUACACGGGUAGAUACUAUACCUAUCUCACCGCAUUCCAAGAAUUGUGUCAAUUGGUUCAAGAUUGACUGAGUUAUAGUGGAAAACAGACGAAUAUAGAAGCCACCGCCCAAGUAGCGCGAUUCCCUACCUAAGAAAUUUCUUCAUUGAUUCCUCCAGAAAAUUAACUAGGAAUUGAUCUAGAAAUUCCUCCAUAAAUUAUGUCAUCCAAGAACUUCUCCAGGAAAUCCUUCAGGGAUUCCUUCAAAAAUUCUUCUAAGAUUAUCUCUAGGAAUACCUUUGGGAAUUUUUCCAGGAAUUCUUCCAGAUUUUCCUCCAGCAAUUGCUGCAGCGAUUCCCUCAGGAAUUCUGCAAAGAAAAUUCAUCCAGGAAAUUCUACGGGGAUUUCUGCAUGAAUUUCUCCAAGGAUUCCUCCAGGGAUUUUUCAAAAAUUCCCUUGAGGAUUUCUUCAUCAAUUCCUCCAGGAAUUCCGCUAGAAAUUCCUCCAGGAACUUUUCAAGAUUUUUACAUAUUUUUACAAAAAAAUCUCGCAGACUAUAGAGAUUCCUCCAAAAAUUCAUCCAAAAAUUGUUUCAAGAAUUCCUCUACAGAUUCCUCCAGGUAAUCCAGGAUGUAUAAGGGAAUAGAUGAAUAAAGUUUUGAAUGAAUAUAAAGGGUUAUUUUUGGAGGGUAUUGCUAGAGAUAUUGCUGCAUAAAUUCUUAGAGUAAUUUGUUAUGCAUCCAAUGGAAGAUUUUCUUGAAUAAUCCUCGAAAAAUAUUAGAAGAAACUGCUGAGAGAAUCCAGGGGAUACUUAAAAAAUACUGCGGAAAGUUCUGAAUGAAUCUCCGAAAGAAAUUCUCAACAUAAUUGCUGGAAUAUUUUCAUAAAAAAAAACUUGGUGGAGAAUCUAUCAGAAUCCAUGAAGUUUUUCUGAUUGGAUGCUUUGGAAAAUUUUUAGAGGAAUCUCUAGACUAAUUUCUUAAGAAAUCCUUGGCAAACUUCUUAAAGCCUUUCUGGAGGAAUUAAAAAUAAUAUAUGGAAGAUUUUCGAAAGGAACCCAUCGAGAAAUUUGCGAGGCACUUCUGAAGAAAUACAUGGAAUCCAUGCAAGGAUUCCUUAAAGAAUUCUUUAAGAAAUUUCUGGAGAUCUCUUGAGAUUUGAGAUUUUUUUGAAUCAAUCCGUGAAAAAAUUCCUAGGGGAAUUUUUGAGGAAAACCGUAGAUACUUAAAUUUUCAAAGGAACCGCACGAGAAGUCCUCCAGAAAUAUCUCCAGGAAUUCCUCUAGGAUUUAGUCCAGGAAUUUCUCUAGGAACUCCUGUAGGGAAAUCUCCAGGAAUUUCUUCAGGAGUUGAUACAAAAAUUGCUCUCGGACAUUCUUCAGAAAUUAAGUCAGCAAUUUCUCCAGAAAAAUCUCCAGGAAUACCGUCAGGAUUUUUUAGGAAUUCCUUCAGGCAUUUCUCCAGGAAUAGCUCCACAGAUUGUUUUAAUGGUUCCUCCUGGGAUUUCUCCAUGAAUUUCUGCAGGGCGUUUCUGAAGAAAUCCUUCAAAGAUUCCUCCAGGAAAUACUUCAAAGAUUCAUCUAGGAAAUCCUCCGGAAAUUCCUCUAUGAAUCUUCUAGAGAUUUCUUCAGAAAUUCUUCCAGGAUUUUUUCCAGGGAUACUUUCAGGAAUUCCUCUAAAGAUUCCUCUAGGAGUUGCUUCAGGAAUUCCUCCUGGGAUUUCUCACAAAUUUCUCUAAGGAUUCCCCUAGGCAUUAGUUCAGUAAUUCCUUCGAAAAUUUCUCCAGCAAUCCCUUCAGAAAUUCCUCUAGAAAAUCCCCCAGAAAUUUCUCAAGGGUUUUUUUUCAGAAAAAGAAAUUUCACAGAAUUCCUUUAGAGAUAUCUCCAAAAAUUAAUCAAGUAAAUUUUUCAAGAAAUCCUCUAGAGAUUCAUUCAGGAAUUCCUUCAGGGAUUCCUCCAGCACUUCUCAAAGGAAUACUUCUAGGCAUUCCUCCAGGCAUUCCUUCAGGAUUUUAUCAAGGAAUUUCUCCAGGAACUCCUCCGGGAAUAACUCCAGGAAUUUCUUCAGGGAUUCUUCCAGGAAAUGCUCCUGGACAUCCUUCAGAUUUCUCCACGAAUUUCUGCAGGGAUUUUUUCAGAGAUUCUUCCAGGAAAUUCUUCGAAAAUUUCUCCAGGAAAUCCUUCUAAGAUUCAUCCAGGAAAUCCUCCAGAAAUUCCUCCAAGAAUUCUUCCAAGAAAUCCUUCUGGAAUUCUUCAAGGGAUUUUUCUAGAAAUUUAUCCAGAAUUCCUCUGGAGAUUUCACCAGGAGUUGCUCCAAGAGUUCCACCAGGUUUAUUCAGGAAUUGCUACUGGGUCUCAUCUAAGAAUUCCUCCAGGAAUUCAUUUAAAAGUUGCCCCAGGCAUUCUUUCAGGAUUCUCUCUAGAGAUAUUCAGGAAUUGCUUCAGGGAUUCCUCCAGGAAUUCCUUCACGGAUUACUCCAAGAAUUUCUUCUGAGGUUCCUUCAGUAAUUUCUUCAAGACUUUGUCUAGGAACUCCUCAAGAGAUUUCUUCAAAAACUUUUCUAGGGAUCCCUCCCAGAAUUCCUCCAGGUUUUUUUUUAAGAAAUUACUCCAAGGAACCCUCCAGAAAUUAAUCUAGGAUUUCUUCUAAGAAUUCCUCAAGAGAUUUCUUCACCAAUUUCUCGAGGGACUCCUCUCAGACUUAAUCCAACAAUUCCUCUUGGUAUACUUUUAAAUAAUACUCCAGGGAUUACUUCGGAAAUUCUUACACGAUUUUUCCUGGAAUUCUUCCAGGGAUUGCUCCAGGAAUUCUACAAGUGAUAUCUUCAGAAAUUCCUCUCAGGUUCUUUUCUAAAUGUAUUUUGAAGUUCCUUCAGCAAUUUCAGAAAUCCUUCAGUCAUCUUUUCCAGGGAUGUACCCUAGAAUUUCUCUAGGAUUACCUGAUAGUUUUUUUUUUAUUAUUUCAACAAUUUCUGGAGGAAUUUAUCCAGCGAAUAGUAUUUGAAGAUAAUUCAAUAAAGCUGCAUUCAAGAACCAGGAAAUUAUCCGAGGAUUCUUUCAGUAAUCCCUCCAGCAGUUUCUUCAGAAGUUUACUCAGGGAUUCCAUUAGUAAUUAUUCUUUCAAUAAGCGAGACUAUUAGUCCUCCAUGGAAUCUUCCAAGCAACACACAUGCCACAAAAGAGUCAUGGCAGGGCAGGUUUUGGGUUAUGCAGAAGUCACAGUGACUUACUUUAAACAUCUAAGUAUUUACAUGCUAAAAGUGCUUUCAUACAUUUCUCCAGGGAAGCCUUCAGGAAAUCACCCAGGGAAGACUCUUUCAGAUUUCUCCCAUGAAUUCAUCCCGAAAUUGCUACGAAAGUUGCACAAGGAAUUCCUCCAGGAAAUACAUCUCAAAUUCUUCCAAACAUUUCUUUUUGAAUAAACUCUAGAAUUUUUUAAAUUCUUCUAAGGAACCUUCUGGAAAUACGUUAAUUUACAUUUCUGUAGGAUUAUGCUCUGACAUGAGUGCAUGCAGUAUAUGGUUGUACAAUACCACCUUUAGAGAGGUUCCAGCAAGGAUGUACUUGGAACAAUUCAACAGAAGGUUUAUUUUCAGAGGAAUAGAGGUCCAGGACAUUCCAAGAUAGCCAAUAAGUAUUUGGACAGGUUUUCACUAUGUUGUACUGGAAAAAAUAUGUUGAAGUAAAUCAUGAAGAAAAGUCUGGGUUAGUCCUCAAAAGUGUUCGAUAUUUCUAAAAAAGUUUAUUUAUAAUUACUUACGAAUGCUUUCUUGAUGCACAAAAAUUCUGAGCUUCAGAAGAAAUAACGCACGAGUAAAUUAAAAACCUUAAGGCCGGACGGGACGGUGGUUGAAUCGUCCGCCAUUACUCUGUUGCUAGUAAGAUGCAAAUCUCAACUUCUACUUUAUAUUAUUGACUAUAAAUUUGAUCGUUCAUUUGCUCACUUGUGGUGCACAAUCCACUAAAGUUUCAGCUACGUCAGUGCAGUGGAAAUAGAUAUUCGCUUCUUCAAAAUCGCGAGGCAAAUUGUUAGAAAGAGAGGGAAGAUAGGAAAAAUUACACGUCGUCCCGUGCGGCCUUAAUCUUUUAGAAAUUGGCCACCGCUACCAGCACUACCUCGAUUUGUGUAGAACAGGCGAUCUUUUCAACGUAUUGUACAAAAUACAACAGUGUGACUGCUUAAGGGUUUAAAAACGCUUUUGAAUAUAAUGUUAUUAUUUUCAAUUUCAUCGUGUUGCGUUUAGUUGCUAGUUGGUACACAUUUGCUCAAAGAGCUUCGCCCCCCCUCCCCUCCCCUCCCUGACCGAAAAGCUGGCUACGCACUUGAGCUGUAGUGAGCGCUAUAGAUCAUCACGAAAUUACGUUUAAUUUAGGAAAUUAUACUAUUAGAUCAAAACUCCCCGUACGUAAAGUUGUGUUUUAACCAAAAAUAAAAAAUCUCUAUUUUACGGAAUUUUGUGAAGAUAUUGUAGUUCUAAUAGUUCCACCUUCUCACAAUCAUUCUGAAAAUGUAUUCUUAUGUACUUGAUUAUUUUCAAGCAAAAAAGCAAUAAGGUUGUCACGAUCAAUGCUGAGCUCGAACUUAAAAUUUAUCUUGCAUUAUACGUACUCAAUAGUGUUCCGUAAAUUUUAAAGAAUUUGCGAUUAUAAUCAAAAUGAAAAUGUAUCAAAACAGUAACAUAUGUAAUGUUCUACUAAUGUCCAUGAAAUUCAAAAAUGUAUAUAUGUUGAACAGGUGGGUUUGAGGUUAGGGAACCGCCACUGUACGUAAUAUCGUAAAGAUUACACUAGUUUACAGCAUUUUUGAACUCGGUAAGCUGAUGAUCAUUUUUGGUGUAGAAUCAUGCCCUGAGUUCGAAAACGCAAAGGAAAAAAAUUACAGUAGAGCGGAAAAUUUUUCGACUUUCCAUACAAGGUUGAUGAUUUGAAAUCGAUUUUUGUUCUAUUUUUAAGCAACGUUGCUCACUUCACACACCUCAUUCUCCGUAAUCAAUGCUCCGAUUGAGCUGAAUUUUUUACUGUAACUCGCCUACAUAUGAUAUGUCAAAUAAACGUCGAGAAAGAAUUUUUAAGUUGGUUUUUUCUUAUUGAAAAAAAAUACAUUUCUUCAAAAAAAUUAGGGAAUUUUGCUAAAAUUAAAGAAGAUCAUCCCUAAAACUCGCCAAUAUCUUGAAUUUCAUCAAUCUGACGCAAAACCUGUAUUCAGAUGACCGAAUGGUAUUGUAUUCAGCUUUUAAUUUAUGGAAAAAGAUUUAAAAUUGGUUGAACAAAACGCAAUAUAUUUGAAUUUUAGUAAAUUACAUAUUUUAAAAAGUUGCAAAACUCGAUAUUGAGCUAAAUCUCAAAAACUGUUCUACUUUAAAUUUUUUGAAGGUCGGUUUCGAAAUCAGCACUAAAUUGUGCUUCAAAAAUUUUGGUCGUUGACAGAAGUUCACGACUUUCGUUUUAUUUUGUAAACUUGUGUUAUACAUUCAAAGUUUACAAACUUCUCAAAAUUAAUCUGGAAAGCAUUCUCAUGCACUCUUGAUCAUCUUCAAACAAUAAACUCCAGGGGUUGUUACGAUGAAUGUGAAGUUCAAACUGAAAAAAAAAUCCCUGUACUAUUCGCAACUUUGUGAAUGUUUUGUGGUUUAUAGGAAUCAAAAUUCUUUCAAUUGUUUAGAAAUGUUGUUCUCAUGUUCUUGUGAUUUCAAAAAAUAAAGACAGUGGUAUUCGCGAUGAAUGCUGAGUUCGAACCGCAAAUAAAAACUUCCUGUAUUAUACGUAAUUUUGUGAAAAUUUUGUAGCUUCCUAAAUUCAAACUUCUUACAAUCACUCUGAAAAGGUAUUCUUAUGUACACGUGAUUGUUUUCAAGCAAUCAAACACAGGGGCUGUCGCGACGAACGUGUAGUUAAAAUCAAGAUUUAAAAUUCCCUGUAUUGCACGUAAUUUUUUGAAGAUUUUGUAGUUUUCAAGAAUCAUACUUAUCAUGCGCAUGUGAUUGUUUAAAAAAAUAAUACACAGGGGUUGUCGCGAUGAAUGUUGAGUACCAACCACAAAUACAAACUUCCUGUAUUAUACGUAAAAUUGUGAAAACUAUGAUUCAUACUUCUCCCUAUCGCUGUGGAAAUGUAUUCUUAUGUAUGUAUGUAAUAGUUUUGAAGCAAUGAGAUACAUGGAUUGUUGCGACGGGCGUGAAGUGUAAAACAGAAAAUACAAAUUUCCAGUAUUUCACGUAAUUUUGUGUUUUUUUUAGUUCCUAAGAUUUACACAUUUCACAAUUGUUUUGAAAAAGUAUUCUUAUGCACAUGCGAUUGUUUUCAAGCAAUAUAACACAGGGGUUGUUACGACGAAUGUGAAGUUCAAACCGAAUAUUUUCUGUAUUAUACAUAAUUUUCUUGAAGAUUUUAUAUUUUUACGAUUCACACUUCUCACUUUUGCUUUGAAAAGUAUUCCUAUGUGC